GUUACUGACACCUGCUCCUCCCUUGCGAACGUUAAAAUGAUCCAAAAACACUCAAAUCUGCGCCACUGUAAUGCCCUCACAUGCCUUGUGAUCACAUUACUCGUUCCUGUAAGUCAUGUGACACGUUCUGGCUGGCAGCAUAUGGUUGUCUUGUGUAACUGCUGACAAAGAAUGAAACAGUCACUUGGCUCUUUAAUGAAGUGUCACCUCCUCUGUGCUGGCUGUUCAUUAACUCAUACCUGCUGAUCCCUCUCUGUACUUUCCCUUUCUUGUUUUUAAUGUGACUACACGAGAAAUCAUCUUAUUGUCGUAAGUUGGAAUCCCCCUUUGUGUCUUCCUGCCUCCCAUCCCUCCUCUUCCUUCCCUCCUCAGUAUGCUGCCUGCUCUAUAUGUGGCACUGGAGCCGCGUUAGGAUUCCAGUCCAAAUGUUUUCCAUAUUAGUUCAGAGCCUUCUCUGAUUCCAAAUAGCAGCCAUAGCUGUGUUUAUGGUGAGAGAGGGCAGGGAGGGGAAGGGAAGAGAGGGAGACCGCAGGCGGGCUCAUACACCCCAAAGAGUAAAAGUCGUGUAGAGACACAGGAAAAGAAAGUGAAGGCAGAAAGAGAAAUGAGACAGGCACAGAAAGAUUCCUCAGACAAGAAGGAGGGCAAGAAGAAGAGAGAAGAGAGCCCAACACCAGACGAUGGCCAUAAGUGCAGAGUCUGUCGUUUCCCUCUGCUCAUCGCUCUGCUCCAGCUGCUGUUGGGGGUGGCUGUCACAGCCGUGGCCUUCCUUAUGCUGGCUAUCAGUCCCUCACUUUUGGCCAGGGAGACUCCACACUGGGCUGGGAUCAUUCUGUGUUUAGUUUCCAUCCUGGGCUUUGUCCUGUACUGUAUCACCUAUGUCCCUGAUGAGAGAACGUCGAAGCAAUUCAUUGUCAAGCUCCUGUAUUUUGUCCUGUGCAUGAUUGGCCUGGUCAUCUCUGUGCUGGUCAUGGCGUUUGCUGCCCACCAUUACGAGCAAACCAGCAGCUUCAUCUGUGAGCAGGAGGUAGAAGCCUGCGUCUGCAUACUCGAUAAAGAAGAUCUACUAGCUCGCACCUUCACUUACGAGGGAGUCAGUGACUGCGAGGUGAUCACCGGUACACUCACACUUUACUUCCUGAUCCAGAUCUUCCUCAAUCUGGCCCAAGCGCUCAUCUGUGCCGUUGGUGCCUUCAUCAUGUGGAAGCACCGCUAUCAGGUCUUCUUUGCUGGUCUUCAGAUUGGCUCUCCCUCAACCCAGCAGUGGCAGAAAGUUUAAUUGAUGAUGGCAAAGCUCCCGAGGUGCCUCUGGUCAGUCAGCUCAAGAGGGAGGUUGACUUAACUCUGGCGGACUGGAAUAUUUGCCUUUUUAUGUGCCUUGGCUUGUUUUCUGUCAGCAUUUCUGUCAGCCAAUCAUGUGGCAGCAGCUCAAUGUAUUUAUGCUGGAAGUUGUACCAGCUUUGUAACAGCUUUUUGUAUUUUAUAUAAGUAAAGUUCUACUUCCAGUUUCCAAUUUUUUUUCCAACUUGAAAAGAAAUUGUAAAGUCAAAAGCAGCUUAUUGUGUUUCAUAUUUUUGUUAGUUAUGUUUUCAUCUCAUUCACAGAAAUUUCAUAACCACGACACCUAAAACACAUCGAAUCGCGGUGUUCUUGUGUGAUGAUUUUCAAUUACAGAAUGAAACUGCCUCAAGAAUUAAAAAAGCAGUGUUCACACAUUAGCAAAUAUUAGUAAGAUGAAUCUUAAACCUUAAAAUGAAUGCUUUAUUUAUUGAUUACUGUAACAUCAUAAAAUCCCCUUUUAUUAAAGCCUUGUUUUAUAUUA